CCUUGCGCGGUGUUGGUGAGUGCGGGCCCCGGUCGUUUUGGUGCGUCGAGUGUUUUUGUAUGGUGGAGCAGGAGCGAGUCCUUUGGGCCGGAAGCCCCCAGUCCAACCCGAAGCCGAAUCCCCCGAACGUGACCCGUUCGCCCCGAUCCGCGGCGCCGCGAGCCGCGAGUUUCCCCAGCGAGAGCCCAGCCGCCACCCUGGCCGCCGCCCAGGUCCACCACCGCCCCAGGGUGAUCCCUUCGUUCGUGCCCCAACCGCGGACCAUUAAAAUCUCGCCGAUUAAAACGGAACAUGUUCACGAGGAUAUGACUAUGACGGAGCUGUCACAAAGUAAGAACUAACUCACCAUUGCAUUUCUAUUCGACUUCUAGUUCUUUCCCCACUUCUUUCACCUCCCCCGUGUUUUUGCUCCCUACACUCUCAACUCUCAGUUCGUCUCGGCCAGAUCGCUCAGCACGAGAAAACGGGGACCGUCACCGAUCUUGUUUGUGUCUCGGCACACUGUGGUGUAGUUCUUUUGCCACCUUUUCUGUGUUGACGCGCUCUUAUUCCACGGCCACCAUGCGAAAUUUGCUCGGGAAUAAAAGGCCGAGUCGAUGUAUGGGGUGCGGAGAUCAAAUUUAUGACCAAUAUAUUUUAAGGGUAGCUCCAGAUAUGGAAUGGCACGCUAAGUGCCUGAAAUGUGUGGAGUGUCAACAAUAUCUAGACGAAAACUGUACCUGCUUCGUUCGAGAAGGCAAGACUUAUUGUAAAAGAGAUUAUGUUAGGUUAUUCGGUACAAAAUGUGAUAGGUGCAAUUUAUGUUUUAGUAAAACGGAUUUCGUGAUGAGAGCCAAAUCGAAAAUUUAUCAUAUAGACUGCUUUAGGUGUAGUGCGUGUGAACGGCAUUUAACGCCGGGUGAUGAGUUCGCGUUAAGAGAGGAUGGACUGUUUUGUAAAGAAGACCACGAAGUGCUCGAAAAAGCUACCAACGGUGAAAACAAUAAUAAUAGCACGAAUAUUAAUAAUAACAGUUUACAUAACAACGAAGGAUCCAAUUCUGAUUGUUCUGAGAGCGGGUCGAGCAAAGGGCGGGACUGCCUGGGGCGGAGUGGGGGGUCGACGAAGGUGUCGUCGGACGGGAAGCCGACGCGGGUGCGGACGGUGCUGAACGAGAAGCAACUGCACACGCUGCGGACCUGCUACUCGGCCAACCCGAGGCCCGACGCCCUCAUGAAGGAGCAGUUGGUCGAGAUGACCGGCCUCAACCCGCGGGUCAUCAGAGUCUGGUUCCAGAACAAAAGGUGCAAGGACAAAAAACGGGCCAUCGCAAUGAAGCAGCAGAUGCAGCAGGAAAAGGACGGAAGGAAGAUGGGUUACGGGAGCAUGCAAGGGAUACCGAUGGUGGCGUCAAGUCCGGUGCGGCACGAAAGCCCCAUCGGGAUGAACCCAAUCGAAGUGCAAUCUUAUCAACCACCAUGGAAAGCCUUAUCAGAUUUCGCCUUGCAUACAGACUUAGAUCGACUAGACCCCUCCGCUCCGCCCUUCCAGCACUUGGUAAGCCAGAUGCAUGGUUAUGAUGCUCACCACGGAGGCCCGCCAGCGCCCCCCUCGCUUUUGGACCUGGGGCCGCCCCCGGGGGACAUGGCCCACCCGGACUCCACCGAUUCCUACGUCACAUAUUUGGAAAGCGACGAUAGUCUUCAUCACGAUGCGCCCAGUCCAUAACGGACAUUAUACUGGCCCGUUCAGCAUAUUUCAGACAACGCCACCAUCCGAACCUCCUGAAACCUGGAACAGCGACUGCUAGGCCUGAAAUCGAGUUGUAAAAGUAGCUCACUUUCCAUCGAGAGAUUAUUUAUCUCGUUCUCAAAUUUGUACAACAGCUCAUUAAAAAUUUCAGGCAAGCAGUCAAAUAUAACACUCAGUCUGAGUUGGACCAUUGUUAGCGCGAGAGGAAACUCGCUGAAUAUUAUUGAUUGAAUAUAGCUACCCUCAUUUCCAGUUGAUAUAGAUAGUUUCUCUUAAAUGAAUUACUUAUUUUCUUGUUUUCGGUUGUUUUUGUAAAUAUCUAUUGUCAUACGUACAUAUAAUUUAUUUAUUAUUUGUAAAUCAAUUUAUUUGAGCCCUUCUCCGAAUAACAUAGAUGAGUUCUUUAAACAAAAUAUGUGAUAGAAAUCGAUUAAAACUUGUAAAUGUUUGUUUUAAUUAAUUAUUGUACAUAAAAAGUUGCUACCUAAUUUUAAGGGAAAAAAUCAAAUUUCAUAAUUAAAUUAAAUUGAAUCGAAA